AUUUGGCCAAUUGGAAGAGAAAUCAAUUGUAAGUGCUUAAAGACGUUGUCUGUCUCUGAGGAUAGAAGUAUCUGCCUGCAGCCAAGACUUCAUUUUGAUGGAAAGUACAUUGUCUGUAGUUCAGCCCUUGGUCUGUACCAGUGGGACUUUGCCAGUUAUGAUAUUCUCAGGGUCAUCAAGACACCUGAGGUAGCAAACUUGGCCUUGCUUGGCUUUGGAGAUGUCUUUGCCCUGCUGUUUGACAACCACUACCUAUACAUCAUGGACUUGAGGACAGAGACCCUAAUUAGCCGCUGGCCUCUGCCAGAAUACAGGAAAUCAAAGAGAGGCUCCAGCUUCCUGGCAGGCGAAUCAUCCUGGCUGAAUGGACUAGAUGGGCACAAUGACACAGGCUUAGUCUUUGCCACCAGCAUGCCUGACCACAGUAUUCACCUGGUCUUGUGGAAGGAACAUGGCUGAAAUCAAGAGCUACCACCAUUGACUUGACUUUGGGUGCCAGGGCUGCGGGUUUUGGGUGCAACGUCUGUGUAGCAGCCAACUGCAUGAACCAAAGUUCUCACCUAAAGGUAUCAUCACGCAGUGCACAAUCAUUUAUCUGUUUGCCAGGGCUGGGGCGGGGAGGGCCUGUUUUUACUGACAUACACCGCAGCAUGCUAAGGGGAUACACCAUUGACUUCAUUUGUACUUAGUUAUGUUGGUCAGUAUAAGAGGUUGCAUUUUUGGAUUUAUCUUUCUGAGUGGAAUAUUGAGUAAAGAAGGUUAAAUGACUCACUAAUUGGUUGCCCAUAAAAUCACAUAGACUCUGUUAUUAAAGCUUUUUCCCACA